AAUAUUUAUUUAUUUUUGAGAGAGUGCAAGCUGGGGAGGGGUAGAGAGAGGGGGGACAGAGGAUCCUAAUCAGGCUCUGUGCCAACGGGCUGACAAGCAGUGAACCCGAUGUGGGGCUUGAACUCGAGAAGCCACCUUAGUCACAUUUUUGAAAAAUAAAUAGUUGUGGUUGGACUCGUGUUCCAGGUGGGAACCACCUAUGCAAAAGCCCCAAAGUGUUGGAAGAACUCAAAGAUGACCAAUGCUGGCUAGAAUUUACAAAGUUGCGGUGCCCCUGGGUGGCUCAGUCUGUUGAGCUUCCAACCUCGGCUCAGGUCAUGAUCUCACAGAUUGUGAGUUUGAGCCCCGAGUUGCGCUCUGUGCGGACAGCUCAGCGCCUGGAGCCUGCUUCAGAUUCUGUGUCUCCCUCUCUCUCUCUGCCCCUCACCUGCUCACGCCCUCUCUAUUUCUCAAAAAUGAAUACUAAAAAUUAAAAAAAAAAAAAGUCAUAGCCAGAGAUUUCUAAGGGCAAUGGGAAACAAUUUAACAUUGGUGUGGUAUGAUCAGAUUUGCAUUAAAAAAAAAAAAAGCCACCACCCCACUCUACUAUGUGAAGAAUGAUGAGGGGAAGCGAGGAGUUAGGUUCUAACAUUUGUAUAGUAUUCAUCACACGUCAAGGAGUGUUCUAAUCAUUAACUCCACUUUACAGAUGAAACUGGGACACAAGGAGGUUAAGUAACUUGCCCAAGUUUGCACAGUUAGUAAGUUAUAGAGCCUGAGCUCAGAGCCAGGCAGUCUGACUGCAGAGUUUUUGUCCCUCACUACUGUGCAUCCAGUCUCUCAGCUACUGCUACACUAGUCCUAGUAAGAGAUAACAGGAGCUCAGACAAUACAGAGAAGUAGAAUAAGAUAGAAUGCCAGGACUGAUUGAGUGGAUGUAAGGGGAAGAACUGAGUAUUAAUCCAGGCGGCUGAUUUGAGUGAACGAAGUCAUACGGAAGCGCCUCCUAAUUGAUGGAGACGGCGCUGGAGAUGAUCGGAGAAUCAAUCUGCUAGUGAAAAGUUUCAUUAAAUGGUGCAACUCUGGGUCCCAGGAAGAGGGAUACAGCCAGUACCAACGUAUGCUGAGCACGCUGUCCCAAUGUGAAUUUUCAAUGGGGAAAACUUUGCUGGUAUAUGAUAUGAAUCUCAGAGAAAUGGAAAAUUAUGAAAAAAUUUACAAAGAAAUAGAAUGUAGCAUUGCAGGAGCACAUGAAAAAAUUGCUGAGUGCAAAAAGCAAAUUCUUCAAGCAAAGCGAAUACGAAAAAAUCGCCAAGAAUAUGAUGCUUUGGCAAAAGUGAUCCAGCAUCAUCCAGACAGACAUGAGACACUAAAGGAACUAGAGUCUCUGGGAAAAGAACUGGAGCAUCUUUCACAUAUUAAAGAAAGUGUGGAAGAUAAGCUGGAACUGAGACGGAAACAGUUUCACGUUCUACUUAGUACCAUCCACGAACUUCAGCAAACGCUAGAAAAUGAUGAAAAGCUCUCCGAAGUAGAAGAAGCUCAAGAAACCAGCAUGGAAACAGACUCCAAGCCAUAGACAGGCUAAUGGUUCACCAUUCCCAAGAAUACGGAAGUAACAACAUGCUCACUGUGUUUGGAACUUGUUGUACUCUUGAGAUUUAAAGUUUUGGCAGUGAACUACUUUGCUUUUAAAUGUUAAUGCCCAGUUCAUUCCGAUUUCUUUACACAAAGGAAAAAGACUUUAAUAUCGAUUUGUUUGUAUUGAAAUGCCUUUUUUAUUCUUGAAAGGUAGGAAGCAACAUCCCAAAAUGUUUCAUAGAAUGUUUUCAAGCCAGAUAGGUUUUGUGCUCAGUAGUGUUGUAGGUAGUUUUUAACUGGUAACACUGAUUGGCUUAUAAACUAAGUUGAAGGUUGUGAGAAAGCGGCAUUUCCAGGAUGUGGGUGAGAAAAUGAGUCAAUCUGGAAAUUGUUACCACUUUUGAAAAUGGAGUUCAUGAAUAGGCUUCAAGAGGGCUGCAAAUUUGUGAAAUUAUGUUCAAAAUAGGGGUAGCGUAUGCUCAUUUGGGGAGAAGUUGCAUGAUACUAACAAUCGGUGGUGUAAGAGGUAAUUAUAAGAUGAAAGUAAAUCAACAUGCAUUGCUUUCUAGAUCUCUCUCCUCAACACUUGAGCAAUGUGGUUAUAAAAUGUUUUGUUAAUAUGUUUUCUCCUACUGUUUCAUUAUGUAGGGGUCAUUUUCAGCAGAAAAAAAAAAUUGAUAAAGAAAAAGUUGUCUCAGAAAAACAGUCUGUUAAGAUGGUCUUGCGUAAAGGAUUUCAUCAUCUUAAAAAUUAAGCUAAGGCUGAAUCAUUUGUAAUUUUCUUAAGUAUGGAAUUUAAUGCUCAGUACUUGUUAGGUUCCAUCCUUACCAUUUAUUUUAGUUCAGAAACAUGACAGUUCGCAUGAAUCAUACUUUAAACAAUGUUAAAUUUUUGUAAUCUUAAGAAUUCUUAUCUUUAAAUAUGAAAGUUUAAAAUUAGCUCAGUAGUAGUCAUAUUAAAAGUGUCAUAAUACCUUUAA